ACAUGGUAGGCUUUUGUCUCCGUCUACAUACAUGAUAGGCAUGUUAAAAUGGUAUUAUUCCACAUCUAUCAAAUAUUGGAUUUCUUAUAGUCUUAUAUUCAAGUGACCAGAUUGGAAGAAUGUUACAAUAUUGUCUUUAUUAUUAUUAUUAUUUUUUGGAGAGGGUUUUAUCAGUUUAUGGAAUCUGUAGUUUGAUAAUUGAAAGGUCAACCGCUACCGCUUUACUCAAAUUACAUUAGGUUCUAUCUUUCUAUUGUUUAGUUUUAGGGUGAACAUCCAUAUUCUGGAGAAAAUUAAAGUUACACCCUAAACGGAAGAAAUUUUGUAAGCUACAGAAAUUCCUACUUCAGCAUCUGUUGCAUUUCAAGAUAGAAAGAAAUUGCAAAUUGUGCAUUGGAAGAUAUUUCAGGAUCUUUGAGGAAUUUUCUUUUUCUUUUAUAUGAAUUUUUUGAUCGAAUGGAUCCAAGAUGCCCCUUGUCAUGUUUCAUGGAAGUUUACAAAGAUCAAACCCUUGGAAGUCAACUGUCCGUGUAGAGACGAAAUGACUAAGAACUUGCGCCAGGAACAUUUUUAAUGCUAAACCCUUGACAUUAGCUCAUUCAGUUGGAAGGAUUCAACUCUGGCGGCUUUUACUAAGAGACUUAAGACAGAAGCUGGUGAUCAAUCAUUUCAACACAACUGGCAGGUUGUUUUGAAAUUGAAUAUUCUUUGAUCGACAAGUAAGCACGCGGAUUAUUUGGAUUUGUCUGUUCUGAACCUGGUGGUGGUACAGAAAACAACUAUUAGCCAUUUUGAUAUAACCCUUGAGUCUCUGCUCUUCUCAACAAGCUCAUUAAGCAUUUUAUCCAUGGAUUUUAUUUCCCCUCUGAUCAGCGUAGUUGACAGGUUAUGCACGGCUAUGGCUAGUCGGAUUAGCAAUAUUAUCGAUUUGGACAGAAGGAUACACUCGGUCACUACUGAACUAAAUGAGCUGAAGGACAAGAGAGAUGACUUAAGAACACGGGUUGAGCGAGCUGAACUGGAUGGAUCAAGACGUACAAAUGAAGUCCAGAGGUGGCUGGCAAGAGUAGAAGUUAUUGAAGCUGAAGCAACCUCCAUUAUAGAGAAUCUUGGACAGAGAAGGCAAGGCUUGGGGUGCUUAAAUUCAAGCUGUUAUUCAAAAUACAGCCUGAGCGAGGAGAUUGUAGAGAAGCUGAAGGAGAUAAGUGACCUGAAGGCGAAAAGUGUUUUUGAGAGACCAGUGACAGAGCCGCAUACUGCUCCUGUUGAGGAGAAACCGUGUAAGCCAGCUAUUGGCAUCAGUGUAAUGUUAGACAAGGUCUGGGAGUUUCUUGAGGAGGGUAAAGUGGGAAUUAUUGCAUUAUAUGGAAUGGGUGGAGUCGGGAAGACCACCCUUCUGAAGACCAUCAAUAAUGCAUUUCUUACCAGAGCUCACAAUUUUGACGCAGUAAUAUGGGUCUUGGUCUCUAAGGAAUUUGUUGUCAGUAAGAUCCAACAGUCCAUUCUGGCCAGGUUAGGAUUGCCAUGGGAAGAAAGUGAAGCCCAUGAACUGCAAACUUCAAAGAUUUACAAUGUUUUGAAAAAGAAGAGGUUCCUCCUAUUGCUGGAUGAUGUUUGGGAAAGAAUUGAUCUCGAGGAUAUAGGAAUUCCUCUUCCCGAUGAGGAAAAUAAAUGCAAGCUGAUAUUCACAACACGUUCCAUGGAUGUGUGCACUGACAUGGAUGCUCAUCGGAAGCUCAAAGCAGAAUUCUUGGGCGAUGAGAAAUCAUGGCAAUUAUUUUGUGAGAAGGUUGGAAGAACGGAGAUUUUAGAGUCACCACCUAUUAGAACUUAUGCUGAGACAAUUGUCAGAAAAUGUGGAGGUUUACCGCUCGCCUUGAUCACUGUGGGAAGAGCGAUGGCCAAUAAGGAGACUGAAGAAGAAUGGAAGUAUGCAAUUGAAUUACUCAACAAAUCUCCAUCUGAACUUCGAGGUAUGGAAGAUGUAUUUGCCCUCCUAAGGUUUAGCUAUGACAAUUUGGAGAAUGAAACAAUAAAAAUGUGCUUUUUGUAUUGUUCUCUAUUCCCUCAAAGCUAUUCCAUUGAGAAAGAACAGCUUGUAGAGUACUGGAUUGCGGAAGGGUUUCUGGACAGUUCCUAUGACAGUAAUGCCCAUAAUAAAGGGUAUGCUGCAAUUGGAUCCCUAAAAGUGGCCUGCUUACUGGAAACAGGCGAAGAAGAAACCCAAGUGAAGAUGAAUGAUGUUAUCCGAAGUUUUGCCUUAUGGAUAGCAUCUGAAUCUGGAGUAAAUAAGGGAAAGUUUUUGGUAGAGGCAAGCUUGGACCUUACUGAAGCUCCCAGAGUUCAAAACUGGGAAGGAACACAGAGAAUUUCUUUGUUAGACAAUGGAAUCACAGGACUAAAAGAAGUACCUGUGUGCCCAAAUCUGUUGACUCUGCUGCUUCAGUGGAAUAAUGGUCUGAAUCGAAUACCAGAUGACUUUUUUCAAUUUAUGUCUGCUCUUAGAGUCCUGGAUUUGUCAUUUACAAGCAUCAGAAAGAUCCCAGUGAGCAUCAAUCAAUUAUUAGAGUUGCGUCAUCUUAAUUUAGCAGCUACGAAAAUAACCACAUUGCCCAAGGAGCUAGGAAGUUUAACGAAGCUGAACCACUUGAAUCUGUUGCGCACAUACUCUCUUCGAACAAUUCCUCUUGAGGCUAUAUCUGGACUUUCAGAGUUGGUGGUCUUGAAUUUGUAUUACAGUUAUGAGCGUUGGGAACUUCAGAAUUUUGACGGCGAAGCUGAAGUUGGAUUUGAGGAAUUGGAGACCUUGAGACACCUCCGCAUCCUUGGUUUAACCAUUUCCACAAUAAUCUCCCUGAACAGAUUCUCUAGCUUCAGAAGUUUAGUUAGAUGUAUACAGUAUUUGCACAUAAAGGAAUGUGAAGGAUUAACUCAAUUAGAAUUUUCAUCAACUUUCGGUUAUGGAAAAACAUUGAGAAGACUUAGCAUCAGAAACUGCUAUGACUUAAAUUACUUGGUAGUGGAUACCGAGGAUGGAGAAAGGUGGCUGCCUAACCUGGAGGUUCUAGCCUUGCAAGGCCUACCCAAUGUAACUUCAGUGUGGAAAAACCCUGUGAGAAAAGCAAGCCUGCAAAAUCUGCGCUUGUUGAAUAUCUGGUAUUGCCAUAGAUUGAAGAAUGUUUCAUGGGUAUUAUCACUUCCAAUGUUAGAAGUAAUUUACUUGUUCUACUGCAAAGAAAUGGAAGAAGUGGUAAGCGGAGGAGAAAAACUAGAGCCUGAUUCAAAGGCAUUUUCAAGGCUCAAAACUAUAUCCAUCCGUGACCUCCCUGAAUUGAGGAGUAUCACUCCGUGGACAUUGGCUCUCCCAUGCUUGAAGAGCAUUGCUGUGAUUGAUUGCCCAAAGCUGAAGAAACUACCAAUCAGAACCUCUAAUUCCUCAACCCUGCCAUCGGUGUAUUGUGGUAAGGAAUGGUGGGAUGGAUUAGACUGGGAAGAACCCAACGCCAAAUCUGCUUUCCUUACCAACUUCACAUCAAAUUGAUGGAGCAUGCACUUCGUGGUAUUUGGUAUGUCAUGCUUUCCAUGGAUGCUAAACUUUAUUCCCUUUUCCUACAUUUUCUUUUGUAGAAAUGUUGUCUUAUGUAUGUAGAAACUCUCAAAUUUUAAAUGCAUAGCUGGAGGUCUCCUCAGGAGUCAGGAUCAAAAUUAGGAUUAAUAUCACUGUCAUACUCAAAAUAAUCAGCACCAAGGUUCAACAAACUGAAAUGAGGCAAAAUAGAAUGUUUCACACUAAAUGGGUUAAAGUAAUAUAAGAAGAAGAAAAUGAUGGUCCAAAUGCUUCAGGCUACCAGUCAUUGAACUUUUUUAACAGUCACAGUUAUACUACAUAUUUCACAAAAUUCUGAGUGUUGCAGUUUCCAAUAUCUGACAUAGCCUCUUUCCAGCACCCUCAAGUUAAAGGAAUACGAGUGUAUGAUGGCUGGAAUGUAGGUGGCAAAAUUCUGGUCUAUACUGCAUCCUUAAAGGGAAUAUUCGGUCCUGUUGGAAUGGCAAAAAAUGGAAAAUCUAACGCCUCUUUAGUACUCCUAAGACAUCUGCUACGUGUCUAGAAGCCCACAUUAACUCCAACAGGCCCUAGGUUCUAAUCCAUAAAUAUGCCAAUCUUAAAUUAAACACAAAUUCAAGAGGACUCAAAGACUUGAGGAGUUGUUCCCCCUCCACUCAAGAUGGUGAUGAGUGGUGGCAUUUAUUAUUAGCUUUUUAGUCUACAACUCCGAGAUUCUUGCAAGGUUUUUAGAUGCUUUUCAGCUUUGGGAUUAACUUAAUCCAGCAUCAACACCUUUCAUAGGCAUCACAUCUAGGCAGAAAAACAAACAGUAACAACUCAACUCAAAACAGGAGAUGCAGAAAGGCUUGAGGUAAUAGGAACAAGCAAACUAAAAUGUCCUUGGCACCCAUCCGAUUUGAGCAUUUGUUCUCAGUAGUAGCCAAAUAUGGUUUUUGUUUUUCCUUGGCUCUUUUAAGUUUAAAUUGUGAUUCAUACCCCAUUGAGCAAUCUAUCCUUCCCGGUACCAUUCCACAAUCUAUCACUGGGCAAAUGGUUUUGUUCCAAUUUUGUCAGGAUAUAUCCCAAAAGGACAAGAUUUGCCACUCAUGGGCAUGGCUCUAAGUACAAGUAUUCCUUGCCCAGAGGAAUCGGAAAUGUCGUUGAGCCAUGGACCCAUGGUACUUGGUUAAGACACAGCAGUUGAGUACUGGAAAGGCAGCCAUGGAUAGAAUUUUCAUUUAAGCAAGAUUACAUUCAAAUUAUCGAAUGCUACUUAGGUUCCAGCAGCCCUUUAUCACCCUCACAUCAGAGUAUUUAGAAAA